AUGACGACGACUAGGCAACUCGACCAGGAAGAGGUGAUCCUCGCAGGCAGAUUGAAUGAAGUGGAUCAAGUGGUUGAGGCCAUCGAUGAAUUUGGAAUCCACGCACUCCUCACCGCCAGAGACGACAGAAGCAACUCAAUUCUGCACAUGUUAUCAGCGAAUAAUCAUUUAGAGCUGCUCAAGAGGGUUAUCGGUGGCUGUGGUGGAUGUAAGGACGCACUCGCUGCCACUCUCCUCCAUCAAAAUCAGUCAAAAUCCACAGCACUUCAUUGGGCAGCUACAAAUGGGAACAAAGAGCUGGCUAUUUACUUGUGUGAACAGGCAAGGGAUGUGGGUGACGACACAGAGCACAAACUCACUUUCUCCACAAACCAAUCUGGGCUCAGUGCUGCUUCUGAAGCUGAGAGAGGUGGUCAUGACGAUUUGGUGGUCGAGUUGCUCGCCCGGAUGGAUGCACUCGAUAAGGGAAGCAGAGGUGGUGACGGUGAGGGUGCUGAGGGCGCACAGGAGCCACUCUCUCAACCUGAAGACUCGCAACCUGAAAACCCACAAGAAGACGUGGUUGUACAAGUAGGCGAUACAUCCACAAUCACAAAUAAAGUGGAUGAAAUAAACCUGUAA